GAGUGUAGAACAAGUGAAGGACGUGUUCAAUCACCUCAACUACCCGACGAUAUUUACCCCCAAGAAACAUGGCGACGUCUUCUCUCCCCAUUUUGAACAGCAACCAAAAACUUAAAAUGGAAAAAGGAUCACAAAAUAUUUUUGUUACACAGUCACAGGACACAAGACAGAGAACAGGAGAAACUGAUCUCCACAUCCCUUCUCUAAAAGAGACUUCAUGCAGAAUGCUAGAAGCUGGAGUGAAUACUUUGCAAAAGUCCCUGAUUGUUAAGAAACAGGCAGAACUGAAUGAGGCGGAGGCACAACUUGCACUCAAGCGGCAGGAGUUUAAGAGCUGUAUGGAGGCUUUGGCUCAACGAAGGUCGGAGCUGGAGAAAAAACAACAACAGAAUAAAGAGAAAGUGAUGAAGUUUGAGAAAUUUGUUGCUGAAAAUGAAGGGAGGCGACGUACAGCUCUGAAGAAGUGUGAAGCUACACGGGAGGAAAACCUUUCAAAACAGAGACAGAUAGAGGAUUUGACAGAACAGCUAAAUAAACUAAGAGCCAGAAAGCAGGUUUUAAUGAAGAGGAUAGCAAAACACAAUAUCUAUGAGGACUUCUUGAUGAAAACACUUGAUUAUCUCCCCGGAAUCUUCCAUGAUAAUGGAUAUGAAUCGUUGGUCAUGCCCGUCAUUCGCCGCCAUGAGACCCUGUCCAUCACCCAUCAGGAGCUGCUGGAGCGUCUGCGGCGCAUGGAGGCAGAGGUGGAGCAGGGCCACAGACACCUGCAGUGCAUGAAGCGAGAGCACAGCAUUAAGGAACUGAUGGCCCACAAACAACUAUCAGAACUGCAGAGUGAGUUAGAAACCCUCAGAGAGAGCAAUAAGCAGGCCGAAGUGAACUUGCUGACGGAGCAAGGUGUAUCCAGAGAAAAGGUUGAAGAGGUGGGAAGAUUGCUUAUCGCCAUCAACAACCUUGGACAGCAAUGUUACCUUCCAGCCUAUGGGCCACUAGAAAGCAUGGACACACUGACAAUGAUGGACAUGGUGAAGGAGUACAUUCUGGACAAGGCGGACACAGAGAGGAGAGCGAGGAGGCUGAUGGAGUCCAGCUCAGCAGUGGCGAGCACAGCAGCCCUGACAGACAAAAGAUGGAGGGGAUCGAUGAAAAGCAUUGGAAGUAAAACUCAUAUUAAAAGUUCAAGUAAAGUCAGUAAAAAGAGUGAAACAUUUAACUGAUGGUGUUGACUCAGCAUACACUUUUUUCCUGCUUUGAACUAGUUUGUUUAUAUAUAAAUAUAUUUUAAAUCAAUGUUACCAUGAUUUUCUGCCCUAACCUUGCAAAUAUCCUUGGAUUGAACUGAUUGUUUCCAUUCAAAAUAAAGUGUU